CAGCGCCCAAAAACGUCAUCUUAAUCUGCUACCUUACAUGUCUCCUUAUGAUCUUUUUCUAAUAUCCCUCUCGACGGUUGGUACAAUUCCCGACAGACCUCUCAACCUAUCUAUCUGAGGAUGCGAUGUCGAACUUGGUCGUGAUUGGCUUGCGUUUGUGAAUGCGAAAUUCGAUGGGUCUCCGAGUCGGCCUCCAGAAACGGACAUCGCUCGGCUUUCUGGUGGUCAUAGUUGGAAAUUCAAGCCUAGAGAAGUUGCAGCCACCCAAACAAUUGUUUUUGGUGGCUACAUAUGAAAGAUCAGCUCUGAGCUAUAUCUCAACACGUGGGUACAAAAUUCUGUGGGUCUCGCUCAUCACGAACGUUCGAGGGGUGCCAUGGCUAUAUUUACGGCCACGAAACGACGGUGCAAAACGGCCAACCAACCAGCUCGGCGUGCAGGCCACGAAGGCCCUGCAUACAUCCGAUGAACUUGUCGAAGAACAUUCUAUCCCCAUCCUCUCCACGACCUCCGAAGCAGUAGGCACUAACAUAUACGCGCGGGUUACAAGCCGCCAGAUGUCACAACGGGCAAUACUUCAAACACAUUCGGCAGUACAUCAUCGUCAUCGUUAUGUAUUGUAUGACUCCGUGCAUCGCUAAACACAUUAAUAUUACUUGCUCUGCGAGGUAGUGCGACUUCUUUUUGACUUUCAUCUCGAUCCUUCCAAUAUGUAUCUCGAUGAUUAUACAUCCAGCGCGGGCAUGCUCACACAUUAAGAUGACUAUACAUGUUUUCACCGCGAUGAACGACGCUGGGCCGCAGACGACCGACUAG